GUGGCCGGGCACGCGCAGGCGCGCCGGGCGGGGCUUAAAGGGGCCGCAGCAGCAGCGCGAGGCCCUUCCCCGACCCCCCCCGUCCCCUCCCCUCCCCGAAUCCCCCCCGACCCCCCUCCACCAACAACCCCAAACCCCCCGCGAUGGUUUGCGGCGGCUUCGGCUGCUCCCGCAACGCGCUCUGCGCCCUCAACGUGGUCUACGUGCUGGUGGGGCUGCUGCUGCUGGCUGUGGCUGCCUGGGCCAGGGGCUCCGAGGUGGCCCCGGGGGCUCUGCUGGGGGGGGCCAUGGCUCUGGGGGUGCUGCUGCUGCUGCUGGCGCUGCUGGGGCUGCUGGCGGCUCUGCACCAUCACCAGGUCCUGCUCUUCUUUUACAUGAUCAUCCUCGGCCUCGUCUUCCUCUUCCAGUUUGGGGUCUCCUGUUCCAGUUUGGCACUGGACAGGAGCAGACAGGAGCAGCUCCUGAGCUCCACGUGGCCCCUGCUGAGCGACUCGUCCCGCCGGGCGCUGGAGCUGCGCUGGGACUGCUGCGGUUUGGGCAACCACAGCAGCGACCCCCCCUGCAGCCCCCUCCCACUCUGCCCAGCUAGCUGCAGCAGCCCGGGGCCGUGUCGCUCGUGCGGGCCGGAGCUGCUGCGGCACUCGGAGCAGGCGCUGAGGCUGCUGGGGGGGGUCGGGCUCUUCUUCAGCUUCACUGAGAUCCUGGGGGUCUGGCUGGCCAUGCGCUACCGGAACCAGAAGGACCCCAGAGCCAACCCCAGCGCCUUCCUAUAGCCCUGGGCGGGGGGCCACAGCCUCUCUGGGGGGGUUCAGCCUCUCUGGGGGGGCUGCUGUCUGUUUAGGGGGGGCUACAGCCUGGUUGGGGGGUUUACAGCCAGUUGGGAGGGGUUAAAGCCCCCCCUUGCUGGCUCCCAGUGCUGACUGGCCACCCCCAUGGCCAUAUGAAGCCCCCAGGCUUGUGCAUCCCCCCCUCCCUCUCCCAGCCCCCUCCUCCCCCCACUUUGGGGGGGGCCCCCUGUGGCUAAUUUGGGGGGGUCUGUGAGUAGCUGUGGAGCCAGGAGGGGCCACUCACACACCCCCCCUCCCCCUUAUACACUGAGCAGACUCCCCCCCCACCCCCCCCAAAUCUGCCCCUGGGAGGAUCCCCCCCAACUCCCCCCUGUGAUUUUGGGGGGGG